UUCGUAGUUCGGUUCGCAGUCAAAGAUGACUAAGACAUCACUUCUAGCCUUCGAAUUCCCGCGAAACGUCAGCGUUAAAGCGCUCAUAAACCUACGUUGCUGUACGAUGCGCUCAAGAUGUAGCGCUGUGAAUGUCCUUGACAUCGCAGCAGUAUUAGAAGGCGCAUGGGUACUUGACGAUUAAAAAGAAAAUGGAACAGCGGUGCAAGACUUGCAGGAACAGUUGAACCGGUUUGAUAGAUUGUGAAGUGGAGCGAGAGGUGGCGGCAAAAUCUCUUCUAUUCAGAUGGACAGUCUGAAAGACGGCAACUGCAAGCAAGACAGCAGAUGGUUUGUAAAUCAGUGAUGAGUGUCAC